AUGAGAAGGAUGCAUCUGGCAAAUGCUAAACCUGAGAGUCCAAGGAAGUUAAAGAAGAAGGCAAGCAGUACAAUUAAAGAAGAGGCAACAGAUGAAGUUGAAGAGACAAAGAUACUACUUGAAGUCACAAGUCCGAGAAAGAACCCCAAACGAUCUAUCAGUGAACCUGCCCAUUCUGAACCUGAAACAACACAGACUUCUCCACCAAAAAAAGAAACAGAAGAUGUUGGAAAUAUUAGUGAAUCUGAAGAUAUUGGAAAAGUUGAAGAACCUGAAACAUCUGGUAAUGUUCAGGACUCGGUGGCAGCUAUAAAUGUUCAGAAAUCAUCAGGACCUGCACAAGGAGAAGAAAACAUUUUAAGUCCUGUCAAAUCUGAAGGUGAAAUGCCAACCACAAGUGAUGGAUCAGGAACUCCUGGGUCAAGUCCAGAGAAGAAAAAGAGAAAGUAUGUGAGAAAAAUUCCCCUUGAAGAGGUUCUGCUAAAGAAGAAGAAAAACAGAAUGAUUAAAUUGGGCCUGAUAGGUGAUGGUGGUACUGCCUCUAAUAAGACUGAAUCAUCCUUGACUGGUAAUGCUUUAGGUUCUCCCACAAAGAAGAAGAAAGGUCAGGUUGCAAAGUCGGAACCAGUGAAAAUUGCUCCAGUAAUGAGUGACUUGAAGCUAGCUCAAGUCAGUGACAUAGUAAUGAAGCCUGCAUUGGCAAUCAAAACAGCAUCACCUGUGAAUAUGACCAAGAAUAAGGAUGUUCUUGAUGGUGGUACAGUAACUUUGAUAACCGUGUUUCCGCAAAGCAAACCUUCAAUCAUUAACACACCAAUAAUACAGAUUGUUAAUGAUAAACCAAUAAACAUUUCACCAAAGAAGACAAAGCAGGAUUCUCCUCCUCAGAAAACAGUGAAACAAUCUCUGAAAAAGGACAGCAAUGCUAGUGCAGCAGAGUCGCCUACAGCCAAGGUUAAGACACCAAGAAAAAGUUCUGUUCAAAAGUCUCCAUGCAAGGCAAAGACAAAGAGCCCCAAAACUGAUGCUAGUUUGAGUGAUCAUGCAGAAACUGAUUCUGUGGAAAAAGCUACAAGGAAAACACCAAAGAAGAAUAAAAGGGGCACCGCAAUGGAAAAUUCAUGUGCAGACACUGGGAAUGUUCCUACUGAAGUAAAGACUCAAAACAAAACAUCUUCAAAGAAAACAGAAAUAAGUAGUACAUGUACUGACAGCAAUACUGAGAGUACCAAUACUUCAAAAGGAAAGACAACUCCUAAAAAGACUCCUGUAAAGGUCAAGGUCACUCCAAAGAAAGGACAACCUGAGUCUGGAUGUUCCAAAAAGGGUGCCCCAGAGACUUGUAAUAUCAAGAAAACACCAACAAAGUGCAAAAAGGCAGAUAAAAUUGGGUCGGUAAAGCAAAAUGAACAGGUUUCAGAGACUGACAAAACUUCACCCUCUGGUAAAAGUCAGCCCAAGAAGCGGAGAUCAGGUCUGAACUCAUCCUUGCUGUGUGAAGAAGAUACAGAUUUUCUGUUGGAGUCUGAUGAUUCUGAAGAGGUACUUUCAAGGAAAAGGCCUAAGCCGAGGUUGAAGUGUGUCAUUGAGAAACCACCAGUGAAUAAGGUUGCCGAGUUCGGUUCUGAAUCCGACAUUAGUCGGUAA